AUGGGGAACCAUAUGGAGACACAAAGUAAAAAUGUUGUCCAUGACUUCAUUGUUGACCCUUCGCAGGAGAAGUUAAUGCAUUGGAUUUUUCAGCACCAUCCAGAAACUGCAGUGAAAUUUAAAUUGCAAAACCAGCAACUAAGGACAACGUACAUGAACAUUCUCUUAGGCAUCAUUAAUACACUUUAUUACAAGCCUCUACAUGAUCUCUCCGAGUCUCAAUUAAGCAAGGCUUCCAAGGACUUGUCUGAUCUGACUCAAGUCGGUUUCAAUCUGCAAUGGUUAAGAUUGAAGCUUCGGAAGGUUUGCUUUGACAGGAAGAACCAUCGUGUCUCUGAAGUUCGGAUCGGGGAACUUGAAAAACAAGUUAAGAAACUUGAGGUGAUGAUGUCUGAUGUCAAAGCUGGGUUGGAAAAGGAGAAGGCCAAGUUGAAGAACCCAUAG